CGAGUGGAGGCGACCCACAUUCGCUCGCUUCACUGCCGCUCUCAGCCGGCUCCGGCGUGUUUCUGUUUGUUCGUCUGUCCACUCCGAGGGUUUUCCCUCGCACGCCGACCCGAGGAGGACUGAGCGGGUGGCGGUGGACACCGGGCUGACGAGGAAGGCAAGAGAGGGGCAGCGAGAGGCGGCCUGCAUACGCGCCCGGUAGACGGAGAGACACACACACUGUGUAGCAGAGAAGACGCGUGGUCUUGUAAGGUGAUAAGACUCAUUGCACGGAGGCCAGACGUCUGGGUAACGGCAAGAGGAUAUAGCAGAGGAUAUAGACACACAGGCACUGUAUGUACGAUAAGAGCGGGUGUCUAGGAAAUAUACAUAAGACACACAGAGGCAUGCACAUUGCAGUGUAUAGCCGAGACCUGACGUCUUGUAGGCAGACAGAUGUUAUAUAACGCAGGGCGUAUCUGUGGCAUAGGCACAUUCGUAGACAUACUAAUGGUAUAAUACACCAUACGUCUGUGAUAUAGACACAUUCACAGGCAUACUAAUUGCACAAUACGCCAUACACGUUAAGUAGACGAGGAUGUACUAACUACCCCGAGUGUAAUACAACGUGUGGGACAAUAAUUGACAUCCGAGAUUGUCUCGUCAAUAUAUACAGCGUAUGAUGCCGAUAGAUUGUUGCACAGUGUGUCAUAUUUCAGUCGAUAGGAUAUAGUAACAUAGCCGGAGGGCACAUUGGCCAAGGCUAUUGACACACAGCGAUCUGUAUCAAGUCGUGUAUAGAGGAAGCGCAGACGUCUAAUAUACAGUGCGCGGAUAUAAUAAUAACUGAGCAAUAGUGAAGAGGCGUACACUACGAAUAGUGACACGUUGCUUAUAUAUAGACACGUAGUACUCUGUAGAACUUUCUAUUGUAGUGACGGCGAUUCCGUAUUGGCAUCAUUAAGUGUAAGAGACACGUGCUAGCACUGACAGCACAGUAAUAUAGACUAGAAACAAUCCAUACAAACAUAUACAGCACAUAGGGCCAAUAUCAGUUCGACCAUAAUUAAGUGUAAGAGACACGUGCUAGCACUGACAGCACAGUGAUAUAGACUAGAAACAAUCCAUACAAACAUCAUAUACAGCACAUAGGGCCAAUAUCAGUUCGACCAUAAGCGCAAAUCUAGGUGACACGUGCGUCUUUAUAGUGAAGAAAGGGUAAUAUAGUUUGUGCACAGUCUGUGCGUGGAACAUGCAUUCUCUGGUACGAGCCUCCUCGUUCUUACGUCACAAUGCCCCUUCCUGGCGGGGCGUGGCAGCGAAGAAGACCUGGCACGCGGUUCGAACUGGGAUCCCUAAUGAGUUGGGUAACCAUCAGUAUCACCAGUGCCUGCUGCAGCGACAGCGCGGAGGGCCUGCCCUGCUCCUCCUGGACCCUGUGACCAAACGUCGAGGCCCCCUCGAUUCCACGGAGACGUGGACGCGGGGAUCUAGACGGGCGCUGUACGGACAGUCAGAUGGAGAUGGAACGGAGGAGGCAGCAGCAGCAGCGGUGGCAACAACUUCAGGAGGAGGAGGCGAUGAUGGAGUUGCAGGAGAAGGAAUGGCAUCCAAGAGAACGGAUGCAGAGAAGAUGAGGCCCCUGCCCCGCCUUGAAGACCUGCUGUUUGAUGCCAUCGCCGAGGGUCAGGACAAGAUCCCUGUUGUCAAAUUUAUAACUGCCUUAAAAGCGACCGGACUGCGCACCUCAGACCCCCGUCUCAAGGAUUCGAUGGAUGCCCUGCGCAAGACGGUGCAGACAGCAGCUGACGGAGUCGUCCUGGACAAAAUGCUCUUCCGCAAGUGCAUGGGCAGUAACAUCGUGCUGCUGACGCAGGCGUUCCGACGCAAGUUCGUCAUCCCUGACUUUGAGAACUUCACGGCGCAGAUGGACCGCAUCCACGAGAACGCCCGGGGCCUCACCUGGGGGAAGGUGGCUGACUACAUCCCUCAGCUGGCCAAGUUCAGCCCUGACCUGUGGGGGGUCUCCAUGUGUACAGUUGAUGGGCAGAGGCAUUCGAUAGGUGACACCAAGAUUCCGUUCUGCCUGCAGUCGUGUGUGAAGCCGCUCAAGUAUUCGGUGGCCGUCAACGAGCUGGGCACGCAACACGUGCACCGCUAUGUGGGCAAGGAGCCCAGUGGCCUACGCUUCAACACGCUCUCUCUCAACGAGGAGAACAAACCCCACAACCCCAUGGUGAAUGCUGGCGCCAUCGUCAUCACGUCCCUCAUCAAGCAAGGAGCACACACCUCUGAGAAGUUUGACCAUGUCAUGGAGUACCUCAACAAGAUGGGUGGGCACGAGUACGUGGGCUUCAGCAAUGCCACGUUCCAGUCAGAGAGGGAAUCGGGCGAUCGCAACUUCGCCAUUGGUUACUACCUGAAGGAGAAGAAGUGCUUUCCUGAGGGCACAGAUCUGAUUGGCUGCCUGGAUUUCUACUUCCAGCUGUGUUCCAUCGAGGUGACGUGCGAGUCGGCGAGCGUGAUGGCGGCCACGCUAGCCAACGGCGGGAUCUGCCCCACCACGGGCGAGCGUGUGAUGAGCCCUGAGGCCGUGCGCAACACGCUGAGCCUCAUGCACUCGUGUGGCAUGUACGACUUCUCCGGGCAGUUCGCCUUCCAGGUGGGGCUCCCGGCCAAGUCGGGGGUGUCGGGUGGUAUCCUGUUGGUGGUGCCCAACGUGAUGGGAGUCAUGUGCUGGUCGCCCGCACUCGAUCGCCUGGGCAACAGCGUCCGUGGCAUUCAGUUCUGUCAGGAACUGGUCUCCGUCUUCAACUUCCACAACUAUGACAACCUGCGACACUUUGUCAAGAAGCUGGACCCACGGACGGAGGGUCGCGAUGCACAGGCCAAGUCGGUUAUCAGCCUCCUGUUUGCGGCCUACAGCGGGGAUGUGUCGGCUCUCCGAAGGUAUGCCUUGUCAGCAAUGGACAUGGAGCAGAGGGACUAUGACUACCGCACAGCGCUGCACGUGGGUUCUGCUGAAGGCCACCAGGACGUGGUGCGUUUCCUGUUGGAGAAAUGCAAGGUGAACCCGACUCCCAAAGACAGGUGGGGUAACACCCCGAUGGAUGAGGCCGUGCGCUUCGGACACCAGGAGAUUGUUCACCUGCUGCAACAGUUUGAGCACAAGUACCUGCAGGCGGGGAAUGUGGCCGACAAGCCACUGCCUGAAUCUGCCACUAAGGACAACCUGGAGAGCAUGGUGUGAGCGAGCGAGCGAGCGGGCGGCACAGGGCGGGGUACUCAUGUACGUGUGUGUGUGCGCGCGCACGCCAAGUGUAUCGACCUCACAUGUGGCCCUGUGACUUUGACACUGCGUUCAAGUUCAAGUUCAUUUAUUAGGUAUAGCCCUGUGAGCCAUUCAGCUCUUGAAUCGGGUGCAACCGCAACAAACAAAAAACAAAAACAUGAACAAAAAACAUCUUAAAGUGAAUAUGUGACUAAGUGCAAACAGAAAAUCCAAGAAAAGACAGCAAAAAUAUUGCAGAAAAAACACCGUACACCAACGCUGUGUGCAAAAAUCCCAGUGGGAUGCAAGUCAAACAACAACAACAACCACAAGACAACUUAGAUCUAUUGCAACCCUUCAAGAGCAUCACCGAAUAUAAUCGGUCAUUAAAAACCUCUGCUCGCUGUACACUUAGAAGUAAGUGCUUAAAUAAAUAUGACAUUGAGCAUCGACAGUAUUUACAAGGGGUGAUCAAAAUGCGUUCAGGCAGCAGUGGCCAAUACACUAACAUAUCGACAUAAAGUACUAGCGCCAUCUAUUGGAAGAAGUUUUUUUAAGUGAAUUCUUAUUUGAGGAUUUUUAUUUGCCGUCAGCCGUAACGAAAAUUGCUGUCUGCUUAUGUAAGUGUUCUGAUUUGUUCUGAUAUCCACAACAAAUAUUUUGAGAUCCACAAGUGGAUUGCGAGCCACUUAUUGGCCACUGCUGUGUUCAGGACAAGAUAGCUGUGCUUCAAACUUUCUCUCUGCUCUCACGUGCCGUCCGUAUUGUGUGGCUCUUCGUAUAAAACCACGCAGCAGGCCAAUUCCCUUUUACUUACACAUCUAAACUGUGGAACUCGCUCACUGCUUAUAUUUCUAUACAUUUCUGAGCGUACACUCUGCGGCCAUUUAAAGUAAGCUAUCGUCAUAUUUAAAUUGCUUUUAUUUUAUUUCUGUUGUGGUCAGAACAUUAUUUCAGGGCAUUUUAGUUAAGCUAACAGAGUGGUCUCUCUUAAGCAACGUUACAUUUUUAAAAUCGCGUUAAAACAUUUGAUAAACUGAAUGUUACAGAACUUCUUUCCCUAAAAUUCACGCACCAGGGAACACUUGCUCUUCGGGUUUCAGUACUUGUGUAUGCAUCUGCCGCAAGAAAGUGUUUCCAAAAGACACAUUUAAAUACUGCCAAAAAGUAUUGUGAUAUUUUUAAAUUCAGGAUGAGAUUGCAUGAGGGAAUCUGCCUUCUGAUUGGCUGCUUAUGGUCACGUGAUAGGCAUGAAAUGUCAGCUAAACAUGGUUGCUUAUGUGUGAAUAAAAUAGGAGACUUAUCCACUCUCUCUAAUGCUAGUUGAAUAACAUUCUCAGAUUUUUUUUAUUCACAAUAAUAUUACAGUUGCAUAUAUACGACUUUCAGUAAAAGUAUGCAGAUGCAGGUGAGGUUCAUCGGCAAUAGAUUUCGCACACCCUGCUGGCAAGACUUCGGCAGCCGCAUCUCCAGCACGAUUUUCAAAGUGUAUCAGUGAAACACUUUUCUUGCUGCAAAUGCAUCUACAUUUUCCGAGACUGCAAGCAGCUUCAGUGAGCAUUGCGUGGGCUUUCAGUGGCCUCUACUGGACAUACCGCACACUGAAUCUUAGCCCCAACAGACGGCGAGAGUCCAGCUCGUGUAUACAUGCCACAUGUCAAUUGUGCUUUUGUAUCGUAAGAACAAAGAAAUGGUCAUGUGAUUGCCAGGGUUCUUUGAGAAGCUCUCAUCUGGUUAGACGUUAGAUACUUUUUAGUUUGUUGUGUUUACAUGUGUUGAGUCUUAAGCACUGCCCAUUUUUAUGAGCAGCGAUCACCCUUCAAAGUACCUGACUUGUCCCCUGUUAGUUGAAUGCAAGCACAUAUUCAUGACAUAGCAAAGUAAAAGCAACUAAAAUGGUACUGGCUCUUUUCAGCUGAUAUAGCAGGCUUUAUAUGAGGAAGUAUCAUACGUCAAAUGCAUAUGCUAAAUAUUUGGUAGUUCCAACAAUCAUCAAAAGUGUGUGUAUAAGGGCAUUAAAGACAUGUUUGUAUGUCUAUAAUGAGCCGGUCACUUGUAUAUUGUGAGUUUGGUUAAUAAGUAGUGCUGAGCUGCUUAUAACUAAGGCAUCUGCAGUACUUUAAAGUAAAUUGGCUGCAAUAUUAAGUGUCUGGUCAGAUAAAGUUCGUAUGCACAUUACAAGUCACAGUUAUAUAACAUAAAUAUGCAUACAAUGAAAAUCCCUGUGAUGCAUUUGUGCAGGGAAUUAAUAUAUUAAGAAGAGGAAAUUUAGGAAUUUAAACCUGGCAACUUAAUAUAAUUAAUUAACUAGGCCGACAUUUACAUUAUAAAAAUGGACAAGCUUAGUCUAAACAGGCAGAUCCUUGAAAAUGUUUGGCUUACCAAUACAUCAACAACAUGGGAUUUCUUUAAAAUCGGACAACUUUACAUCUAAACUUUUUACAUUUGCAUGUUAUUGUUAUCGUGAAUAUGUUUGUUUACUGUAAAUAUGAGCACUCCAUUUCUAUACACACCAACGCAUACAGACACGAGGCAGUACAUCUCUGUACCUUAGGCCCGUUGCGCAUCACCAUACGGUUUCUGCUGAAGCACGCCUAACGGAUCUACGACUACAUAUUUAUAUUGAGUGUCCACGUGAAAGAUUGGCUUGCAGCUCUGUGCAGUCACUGAUUUUAACAUAAAUAAUUUCUAACAGAUAUCAGCCAUGAUCAAUCAACUGCUGGGAUGAAUGCCUCCCUAAGCAAUCUCAAUGUAUAACAAUCUCACAAUGCAACAGUCCGUCUAGAUCCUGCGCGUGAUCUGAUUGCUUAAUUUCAUCUCCGGUCACAUCUUUACAGAUAAUUCGAUGUAAAACAAUUACAGGAAUUCUCUUUUCCUGUUUGAUUAUAUCCAACCAAAUACAGUAAAACCUUGGGUUGCGAGUAACUUGGUCUGCGAGUGUUUUGCAAGACCAGCACAAUUUUUUAAAAUAAAUAUUAAUUUGAUAAACGAGCGAGGUCUUGCAAUACGAGUAGUACGUAUACGCUUUGUCUGCCGAGCGUCACGUGAGAGGGGUGACCAGGUGAGCAGCAGGUGGAGGAGGAUGAGGAGGCUGCGGCCACGCUCACAGAAGCCAGGGGGGUUGCGGUAGAGCCGAACAGCGAGUAGCUUGCGAUUUUGUACUUCGGUGUCUGAUGGUGGUGGUGAUGAUGGUGGUAUAGAUGCUGCGGCGGCUGGGGUUGUUGCUGUCACUGUACUUGUCGCGGCGGUAGUUGUGGUGAUGGUAGCAUUGGCUGCGGCGGUGGUGGCUGUGGCUGUUGGGCCGUCGUACGACGCCAGCGUUUACGCUCCACGCGGACAGCCUCCUCCAGUUUUUCCGCCUCCGCGAGGGAGACCGACGACUUAUUUGAGGCUAAGUCGACCGUGGUGCUGCUGGCGGUUGUGGAGGCGGCCGGGUGGAGGAUGGCAGACUCAGCUCCAUCAGCGACCUCCCCUCCUCCUGUGGCGCUUCCCGAGUUCCCGGCGGCCAUGUUGCCGCCCCCCGCAGCCUGCGCCCCACCGUCUCCCAAAAUGCUUUGAAGCUCGUUAAAGUAGCGGCAGAAGCGCCGCUCCGUGCUGCCGCUGGCUUGUCGGUUCAGCACCAGGGCCCUGCGGUAGGCGGUGGUCAGCGUUUUCCAGCGACCCUCGACCUGCACCGCCUGGAAUCUGAGUCCGAGCUGCUGCAGGUGCCGCGUGAUCUCUGCCGAUAUCUCCUUCUUAAGGUGCAGGCGUCUGCUGAACACUUCCACAAAGUUCCUAUAGGCGUUGAUCAGCUGAAGCGUGGACUCACAAUCCCACGUGCGUAGGGGUUCAUCUAUCAUCACGUGUUCCACCACUGUCUCUCCCUGCCCCUCAUCCACGACGUUGGCGGUCAGCUCCAGGUCCUGAUCCAGGUCCUGACCCAGGUCCUGACUCAGGUCCUGACCCAGGUCCUGACUCAGGUCCUGACCCAGGUCCUGACUCAGGUCCUGAUCCAGGUCCUGACUCAGGUCCUGACCCAGGUCCUGAUCCAGGUCCUGACCCAGGUCCUGACUCAGGUCCUGACCCAGGUCCUGACUUAGAUCCUGAUCCAGGUCCUGAGUGUGCGUUUUGGGGUUUUGCUGCUUCUGGGAUGGCUGUAGUCAGAAUCGAGUUGUGGUCUUCUAUGUUUGCACUGUUUGGCCGUCCUGCUGUGGCCUUGCGAGGUGGGUGUCGUCUGUAUUUAAAGCUUUCGGAGCAUCGUGAGAUGUGUUUGUAACCAGUGGUGUAGUACGUGCGUGCAAUGAAGGCUGUUAUCAUCCCUCUUGCAGUCAGAGACGUCCGAGACUUGAAAACCUUUCAAUCAGAAAAGCAGUCACAUCGGAAGUUGCAUGAUGUUUCUAGUGUGGUUUGACUGCUCUUUUAUCAAAUGAAGGCAUUCAUCUGUAGAUGUUUUUUUUUCCCUUGUGUUCAAUGACUUUGUAAAUUAGUCGUGCUGGUAACAGGCCCAGCCCAGACCAAAUAUACAGUAAUUCAAGAUUUAAUCACAGCCCUAAUUGCAGCCUGAACUCUUUCCCAGUGCCCAUUCAAUACGAGACUUCCUUUAUAGAUGCUACUGGUUUUGCUUUCUCCGGAGUUGAGCAUUACUGAUACAAAUACAUUUGGAAUAGGUCAGUGACUAUGAAGUAACUUUUUAGUCAGACGAUGUAGUCACUGAGCUGUAUCCACUGCGCAUGGGAACAUUUUCAGAUUAAGGGUCAUGUUUGAUUUCUGUGUCAGUCACAUGGAUUUGAGCUGUGCAUCAGCACCAACUUGCAUUGCAUCAGACCCUCAGACUAUAGUAUCCUGCCAAAAACACCCCAAUAGAAAUUGUAACCAUUUGUUUACCGCAAUGUUUACACACCUAAUGUACAUUUCUGAAAUUAGUUUUUACGGACUUCAAUUUUUUUCAUGUGCAAGUUGUAAGAUCUGACGAGACGCAUAUAAAGGUUGUCAUCGGAGUGCGAUGUAGUGAUAACGAGCCCGUGACGAGUGCACUGCUCGUGGGAUGAUGGCAGCUUUGUGGUAAAGGCACAAGGUGGAUGUUGUUGCUUGAACUGCACUUGUAGACCUUGCUGUGCCUAAAGUAGAUAAUUGAGUGUUCGUGCUGGUCUGGUGUUACUGUGGUGGUGGUGGUGGUGGUAGUUUCCUUUGUCAAAUUUACUCAUUGUAGACUACGGACUUAAACUGAUAAAUCUUAAGUGUGUAGUGACAUAGAAUGGAUCAAUAUGGCGCGUAGAGCUGGGUACAAUAGAAUGAGGGAAUAUGGUGUAGCAGCCAGCACAGCAUGUAAUACCACGCAGUGGGUCACUAGGGUGCGUGGUGCUGGCUGCUGGCGGAGAGGGGCAUGUGGGGACACGGUAUCCGGCCGGCUGGUGAAGCACGUGAUGGGUCGGGGUGAAGGAUGUAGGACAAAGGUGACCGAGGGGACACGGGGAGCAUGGCCCAGGACCUUCUGGAGGGUUCCAGGAGGGAGCGUGGUUAAGGGCGGGGCCGGGCAGGUGGCACGUGGAGGUCGGCCCAGAACCUCCUGGAAGGUUCCAGAAGGGGCGUGGCCGAGGGCGGAGCCAGGCCACGCUGAGGGGCAUAAAAGGGAAGCCCCGAGGCUGAAUCAGGGCUUUCGACAGGUGGAAUGGAACCCGAGGUGCUUCGUCUCCGGCAGCGUGUUGGCUGCUCUGACCCGUAAUUAGUUAUCCCGUGUGUGAACAGUGUGUAAGAUAUAUAGUGUAGAAUAAACGUUGCCUCCUAGAAUAGUGUCUCAGAAGUGACUCACUACAAAUGGAAAGAACAAAUGUUUCUUAUUGGUUGUACGGAACAAAAAUAUAUAUUUAUUGUUACAAACCAAACUUGUUUGCUUCUGCCAAUCUCCAAAUGAGAGGUGUAGUGUUCAUUCCGAAUCCUUUGGAGCUCAGUACUCCGAUGGCGCACAGCACAUCUCGGAAUCCUUCCCAGUGGGUGUUGUGUUUUUGCUGGCCACAGCUUUGCCCAUUGUUCAUCAUCGCUGGCAUCGCUGUGCCACGUUGGGUGAGACUGGCGUUUGUUGGGAGCAGGUCCGAUGAGUCUUAAGGUGAUGCUAUAGCAUUCCAAAUUGGAACGCUGUGUCCUGGGACCGAUUGCAUACGACUUGCUGGCUCUGACUUUUAAAAGGUUUUUUUUCUUUUUUAAACCAAAUAAGACCUCCAAAUUGGAACGUAUCUCGUUUCGUCACUCGUAAAUUCUAAAGUCAAUCUUUGUUGGCAAUACAUUUUUUGCGCCAAUUUAACAUAGUUGAUCGAUUGGAUAGGUUUGUUAAAGGAUAAUUGAGUGAUAGUUUAACUAUGUAGAGCAAUGCCUUUAGUAGUAUAUAUCCAAGCAGACUUGAAACUGAUACAUUAGUUUAAAAUCACUGUCUUCAGAUUUGCAGUUACUCUCCUAUUCCUAUAUGGAGAGACCUGCAGGGAUGCAAUGACGAGUCAACACUGUCCACAAGUAACAUUCUGGGAAUACAUUCGGGGUCUCACAACACUUUCCACUUUGAAGUAUGAGGCAUUAUAACAUUAUUAGUAAACCGAUAAUUGUCACAUUGGCUUGGUUCAGAUGUUUGCCUUUACAGUUACGAGCAUUCAAUCUAGAUUUGAAGUUUUCGUGACUGGAGGGAUCCAUACUCUUUGGUUUUUUCGGUAAAGUCACGUAGAUAUAAAAUAAAUUAAAUCACGUUUUGGGCGCAACACAAGCAUCCGUCAUCAGGUGGGACAACCGCAGCAUCAGACGCUUGUGUUGCGCCCGAAACGUCGCGAUUUAAUGUAUUUUAUUUGAUACCUACGUGACUUUACCGAAAGAACCAAAGAGUAGUUGCGAGCAUACCACCUCGAGCAGAUUUCCCGCAAUGCUGCCAGUUGUGGAUCCACGUGCUGCACUGAUACGUGUCUGUAUUGCAUUCUGCAAUAUUCACGCAAUUGUGGAUGCGCAGGAGACGCACACUUGGCCGGAAUAAAACACCUCGAGGAGCCGAGCGUUUUCGCUCCGCGAGUCGGUGCAUGAAUGCGCCAUCGUUUUUGGUUGUCACUCUGUGACCUGAGUAAACCAUUAGUACCAAAGGUGAGGAUGUUUAUUCGGAAUGUGUUUCUUUUUACAAAUGUGCAGUUAAGUUAUUGUUAAGAAGAGUAUUGCUUCAUUGUAUUUGUACAGCAUGAGCAACUGGCUUUCUUUGUUGCAAACCCACGUUGUUUAUGGCGAUGUAUUUUGUAUUGAUUUUUUCCAGUGUGAUGUUGUCAUGAGCGGUCUUGUGUUUUUUUUUGUAAUUUCCCCAUUUGUUUAUGUUUAGUAUUGAUGUUUAUUUAAACUAUAGUGAACUGAAGUGAAGCUGGUUGUGUUCAAAGUAUCUUCAUCCUGGACAUGCAGCCUUCCAACACAGGAUACUAUGAUGUGCAGUGUUUUAGAGUCGAGGCAUUUAACUUAGUCUGAAAUGUCGACAAUUUAUGUUAUGGCUAUCUAACAUACACCACAGCUGUUUGCGACUUUUGUUAUGUAACCGCCGGUUUUAAAUUAAACAUAACUUUCAAGGCAAUCGGUUCAAAAAGCAUGAAUCACUAUUGAGUUUCUGAAUGUAUGUUGUGUUCAUUAUUUAUGGCUGCAAGACAAGAUAGCCUAUCAUCUGCUGACUUGAAUAAUUGUACUCAAGUGUCCUGCCUGUUAACACAACUCAUCAGCAUGUUUGGCAUUGUUUUGAUGCAUGCACUGAACUUGCUACUGCUGUGUGAACCACCAUGGGCAGAAGUGAUACACUGUAGAAACGUUAGGAUUCUUUUCACUGUUAUGCUAGAAGUUGGCCUCCAGCUAUAUUCCAUGCAAUGGAGGUUGAGUUUUUCAUUGCAAGCUUUUGGUAUGAGCUAUUGGGUGUGCGAGUGAGCCCGUAUUUUGAGGGAACUGGCCUGCAUGCUUAUCACAUGCCCACAACCAGAAUUGGUACUCAACCAAAACAUAUAGGAUAUAGCAUAAUCUAGUUUGGUUCCAGUUGGUGACUCAUGCUAAACGAGGUAUUGUGGAAUUGGCAAGCCCAAAGAUCAAAUAAGUUGUCUUAAAAUGACAGUGAAAGACAUCUUGUACGAGGCAAAUCGAUGGGCAUGCACUCAAGUAGGCUUUAAAUUUGCUUUUAUUUCCAGAAUUGUCAGCAAUGUAGACAUCACAUUUUUCCUGCCAGUGUGAGGUCCUUUAGCACAGUGACACAGCUCAUGAGCUUCAGGAAUUACUAAAAACAAUGGAAGCACUCAUCGCUAUUACCAGGUACCCCACACCCUGGAGUCAGCUCAAGAUUUCCAAAAUCUGAAAGCAGCGUUGGGACACGAGCAAUUUACCAGGACACGAUAUUACUUUGAAUGCCCUACCACACACACCCAUGGGUUUUUAUUAUACCUGUGACCGGGAGUACAGCACUCCUCCAGUUGAGUUUGCCCAUAGUUGGUAAUUUAAUAAAUGUAAUUGGAUUGAUUGACCUUUAGGCAGAUCUGCUGUGGCUGCUUGUUAAUCAGAUGCAUGGAGUUGGCGAUUGAUUGGGUUUGGUCUCAAGAGGCUUGAGGGCUGGCAGGGCCACUGUGCCCCCACACCUCGGAAUCCCCGUUAUAAGGAAUAAUACUGGUCUGUCGGAGGCAGCUUCCAAGGGCAGACGGACAGCAUUUUCUUAUUCUUUGGGUCUUUCGGUAAAACCACAUAGAACAAGUACAAAUAUUAAAUAUAUAAUUUUUAUUAUUAAAAAUAUAUUUUUAUUAUUUGUUCCAUCUCCGUGGCUUUAAUAAUAAAAAUAUUAAAUAAUAUAUUUAUAUUCUUGGUUCUUUCGGUAAAGUCACGUAGAAGGGAAAUAUUGUUUGAUUUUUAUUAUUUUAUUAUUUCUCUUCUACGUAACUUUACCUGAAAGAACCAAAAAUAUGAAUCCCUGCAGUCACGAAAGCUUGAAAUCGAUUUUUUUUGUUUACGUGGCUUUAUCAAAAGACCCAAAGAAUAUGAAUUCCUGCAGUGGCUAAAGCUUUAAGUCAAGAUUUACAGCAUUUUCAUUGAAAAUAUUUCAUUUAUUUCGACACGUGACCACUUUUUUAAUUCAAAAGUACCUGAGAAUAGGUUUUCCCCUUUUUUUCUGGCAACAAAACAGAUGUUAAAACACCAAACUGAAACCUUUUACAAGUAAUUGUCUGCAUUCACCGCAAUACUUGUGGUCAGAAUGCAAACAAAAAACAUGCUCUCAAAAGUACCUGCUAUGAAGU